GCAUAAUGACCGAACUGAAUUGAUACAAUGGCUUUCCGGCCUUAUAUGAGCAAAUACUGUACAAAUUUAUCAUGUCUGACUUAGUGGAUUAUUCUGAUUCAGAUAAAUCUGAAUCGGAAAUUUCAUUGAAUGAAUAUGAAAAUUCAAUCAACUUAUCAGAUUCAGAUCCAGUUAAUUUUCAAUCUUCACAAUCUGUUCAUAUAGCUGAAGAAGAUUUCUUCAAUCUGAAAGAUAGUAAUAAUGAAAGCAAUAGUAAUUUUUGGACAUCCACAAUACAUGAUAAUGACUUAUUACCAUGUACAUUGUCAAUAAUCAACAAAGAUGAUAAAACAUUCUCAUUACAAAAAGAUAAAUAUUUAGAUGAACAAAAUGUAUUAUCUACCAUUGAUUCUAUCAAUUCAUGGAAUUCUACUGAAAUAAUGAAUGGUAAUAGUAAUUUUCUUAUUUCAUAUAUGAUUGACUAUAAAGCGUCUAAUAUUGUUGAUAUCAAUGAUACUGUAAUCUAUCCUCGUCUCUCACUUCAAUGGCCAUAUCUUGCAUUAUGUGGACCGUUAUGCAAACAACCAAAUGAAACUAUUAAUAAACUAUCAUCACAUAUCUUAAUAUGGCGACUUCCAUAUCCUGAUAGUGGAAAAAAUUCACCUUCACUUAUUUGUGAUUAUCGAAUUCAUUUAGAUAAUGAACUGACUUCUACAUCAUUAUCGUCAUCAACAUCAUCAUCAUUAUUAUUACCAUAUUCACGACGAGAUUCUUAUUGUUGGACAAAAUUUCAUUCUUCUAUAACAGAUUCACAGUGUUUACAAUUGAUAGCAGCUACUCAUAAAGGAUUAAUCGAAAUUUGGGAUAUUAAUCAAGGUAAAAAGAUUAGAGAUUUCAAUGUAUCUUCACAAACUGGUCAAUUAUUGCGUUGUGCAUCGUUACCAGUCGAGAACUAUUCCUCUUUUCUCUUAACUGGUGGUAUCAGUGGUAUAAUAAGUUUAUGGGACUUGCGUAUAUCAGCAUCCAAAGUACCUCAAUUGAAAUAUUCCCAUACAGAAUUAAAAGCUUCAAUCGCUGAUUUACUUUGGCUUAAUGAAAAUCAAUUCAGUUCAUGUUCAGAUACUGUUGAUCGAAAUAAUUGUGAACAUAAUAUUGCUGUAUGGGAUAUACGAUUUACUAAACCAAUAUCACAUCAAUUAUAUCAAGAACGUUGGGGUUGUAAUCGAUUAGCUUUAAAGCCAAAAUUUCAUUCUAAUCAAAAUAUUCGUUUUGCUAUACAAACUCAAGGGGAUGCAAUUGUAGAAAUCUAUUGUAAAACAAUGAAAAAUUCUACAUCAUCAAAUCGAUUAAGUUAUCAUUUAGAGAAACGUUGGCGUUAUGAAGGUCAUCAGAUUCAAGCCCAUCCUCUUGGUCUAGCUUAUAAUCCAUCUGGCAAUCUAUUAGCUAGUGGUUCAUGGUCAUCUUCUGGUCCAGUUAUAUGGUCUACUGUUCACAAGAUUGAUUCAUCUUAUAUUUCAAUGACACCAAUGAAAAAGCUACCAGGAUUUCGAAGCUCACCAAAAUCUAUGGUAACUGAUGUCACUUGGAUACCAAACCAGUAUGUUUCAAACGGACGUGACAGUAUAAUAGCUGUUCAAUCAAAUGGGACUAUUAUUGUAUAUAGCUCAUUAUGAGCAAAAUGUUUGUAGAUAGAAUGUGUAAAUACAUAUGCAAAUUUUGUAAAAUUCUUU